AUGUCUGCGACGCUGGCGUAUCCGUAUCGAGGCUUUGCAAUCACCUACUCUCACCAUGAUCUCGACAAAGUCAACAACCACGAAGACAUGCUUGUUUACAACCAUUCUCAACCAUGCGCUAAUAGAUCACCGGAAGGGUUCGCUCCUGAAGGCCCACACCUGUCAUCCAUUGCUCCAUACCCGCCGACCAGGCCCGCGGCGCUGUCGCAUCCUGACGACGAACCACAGCCGGUCCUGAUGGAAUCACAACAGAUGCGCUCGCGCGAAAUCUCAGGUCAAUAUCACCAUUCGUCAACUUUCGAGCUCUCUCCUCUGAGAGACACGCAGGAACGAUCAUGGUCUGCCAAUGCAGAUAACAGCAGUCACCAUAUGGGUCACCGCGUCGGACAUCAACCAUCAUCACAGCAGACACUGUUGAAUUACGGGUCUUCUCCUCCGAUCAGUUCUUCGGAGAUGCUAUACCCCGUGCCCAGCGACCAUUCACCUACCCAUCCACCUGACUAUUCUCUCUCGCUCCCACAACCUCACCACCACCACUGCCUCCCACAACAAGCGUCCAUCCGCUAUGGCGUCGACCCGAGAGUUGGAUCGCCUUCGCCGUCCUUGCCGGGCCCCGCACCCAACGUCGUAGGGCAACCGGGAAUGCCAAUCCCAGCAUCUCGACCGCGCGGACCGAAGCUGAAGUUCACAAGAGAGGAAGACAUUCUCCUUGUGGAGCUCAAGGAGAUCAAAAACUUGACCUGGAAACAGAUCGCGGAUUUCUUUCCUGGCCGCACGAGCGGCACGCUACAGGUCCGGUACUGUACCAAGCUGAAGACGAAAGAUGUCAUCUGGACAGAGGAUAUGGUGUGUCUUUUUUGGCACUCGAGCUUACAUUGGGCUAUUAUGCUAACUCGGCACAGGUGCACCGGCUUCAGCGUGCUGUCGACGAGUAUGAGAAUGACCAGUGGCGCAUCAUUGCUGGCAAAGUUGGGAACGGGUAUACCCCUGCAGCGUGUCGCGAGAAGGCUUCGCAAUUGA